AGCUUCCCGGGCCAAACUUACAUCCCGAGCGCAACCAGUUGCAACCGCUUCAACGUGAAAGUUGUGUGACAAGCCUGUCUGAUGUCAAGUAAUACAACCUCCUACUGCUGCUUCCCUGUCCUUGAAGUUGAAGUUGAAGCAGCCAUGGCGCCUCAUCAACACCUCCCUUUCGUCAACGCUGGCUGAGCGCGAAAGUCGUUUAGGCCGUUGGACCUUCUGACCGCCUCGAGUCUAUUGCCUUCGAAGCUUUCUCAGGUUUCUCCAGAAGGUAUCUUCAGCACAUCGGCAUUUCAGGGUUGCAGGCGCUGUGGUUUGAGAGCCUGUCAUCUUUCCGGUCACUUCAGAGAGGAUGUGAAAGAUGGGCGUCACUUCUGGUUGUUGUACGCAGCAGAUCUUUGUUUGCACGGGCUGAAGAAGCGAAGACCUGAAGGGAGCGCGGUCUGCAAGGGAGGAAAGAGGACAUGCAGGUUGUCAGGGCUGAGGAUGACAUUAGAGGCGACAUCCCAUCUGGAGCGGGGCCCUGCAACGAGACCUGGCAAGAACAUCAAGCAGCAACAAGAAGCCAUGUCCUGGACCUGAAGGUGCUCUCUUCCGAGCUUGCAUGCUCACAGAGAACUCUGGGAACAGCUAGGGUUUCCUCUAGAAGGCUGGAUUUCCUCCUUUUAGGUAUUUGGUAA